AUGGAUAUGGACCAUAGACAGGCCCAUGCGAAGUGCGGCGGUGCCAUUGCCCUCCUCGAAGGCCGCCAGAAUAUCCCACUCCCAGACGACAUCAUCUCGGCCAGCACCCUCCCCGACCUCGACAAACGCCUAAGACGCCUCGAGGGCAAGUUCUCCAUUCUCCCACCCCCUGCAGGCCUCGAUCCCACCUGGGACUCGCUCGCCCUGCGGCUCUACCGCGUGCAGAGGGAGGACAACAGAACCCCCACCCUGACACCCGCCCCCGUCCGCAGCCUCCCCAACAGCUUCCUAGACCUCGUCCCCGCGCCAUCCGCCGUGCCCAUCGAGACCCUGCAGACACUCUGCUCGGAGAUCAAGCUCGUCCACGGCUUAUCCCGCUCCUCGCAGCACGGGAAACCCUGGCCCAAGUACGCGAGCGACGACGACGCCCUCGACGUCGUCCGCCAGCGCCUCUGCCACGCCGCCGGGCAGACCCCGACCUGCCGCCUCGGGAGCAUCCCCUACACCCGCUCGGAGAUCUACGCCGCCCUCGUCGACCUCACCGUCGAGCCGCCGCCCAGGCCCAUACCCUUUCCCGCUCGCGGUCCCCUCCCGGGGCGCCCGCCCUUGUCCUCCAUGAAGAAGAAGGCGUGCUGUGGGUGCUGUGCCUGCGACUGCCACCCACGCAAGGUUGCGGCUGACGAUGCGAGUUCCGUCAGCUCGCUGUCGCGGGGGCGCGGGCGUGGGGGGCUGUUUGGCUUCCUUGGGAAACUUGCCUUUUGGCGACGUCCAAAGGUGAUGAGUGACAAGGCUUCGUUCUCAAGUGGUUAG